AAUGGAGCCCUGUAUGUUUUUCGUAGCCGUUACAGCGACCGUUAUGUUUCGGGAAACGUUCGCAGCCCAAAAUUACCAUCCAACUCUAAUCGCUCCCUCCCUCCCUCUCUCCCUCUGCUGCUGAGAAAUGCAAGCAAACGCCUUCGCCCUGCCCCUACCCUUCAAUUACCUUCGGCUUCCGCCGCUGAAUCCGACGCUGCGGCGUGUCCGACUCCCGCCAUAUCACCCGGCUGUCGGAGCUAAGUCUCCUCCACUUCUUCGAGGUUCCUGCUCUCUCUCUCUCAAAGCACAAAUCACCUCCUUUCCUCUUCUUCAGACGUACCCACGAGCUUGGUUUCUAUAUAACCCCGCAGCUGUGAAGAAGAGCAAGGAGGAAUUCGGUGCCGAAAAUGACGAGGAGUACGGCGGGCUUCCGAAAGAAUUCUAUGACGAUGAGUGGCAAGCACGUCACCAAGAGAAAGCUAAGGAGUGGGAAGAAUAUCGCCAGAAGGAGGAAGAAAAAGAGAAUAGAAAGAUAGAUGAAUAUCGAGAGAUAGGCAUGCGCUUAAAGGGAUACCCUGAGGAAGAAGUACGCAAAGCAAGGAAAUUAGUUUCAAGUUUUAUAAGAUCUGCUGAAGAAGUUGAAAAGAAAAUUGAGGAGGCAGCUGAGAAAGGCGAACUUAACGAACUUGUUCUAAUGGUCAUUUGGAAUCGUCUUGAUCUUGCUCGACGUGAUGAAGAAAAGGAUGUCAUUAGAAGCCUAGAUCUCCUAUAUAGAAGGAUAGAGACAGAAAUUUUGAAGAGGGAAUCUACACCUGCCAUGAGAUUGCUCAAUGACCUUUUGAACCUUCAUGAUGGAUUUGAUGAUGAGGGGUGGCUGAAGAAGUGUAGAAAGCGCAUGAUAGACACCUUUCCUCGAGAAGACCCGCUCAGUAUGCUUGUUCCUGCUGGGUUUGACAUUGAAAAACACCAAGGCCGAAUUGGGUUACCACCCAUGGAUGAUGAUGAUGUUCUUCUAAGGGUUGAUUUUGUCAGAGAGGUUGAUGCGCUCCUGCAGGAGGUCCGAGCUGAACAAGGCAACAUCCAGUCUCCACAGGGACUUGAUCCUGAAUCAGUUGCAACCCAGUUGAAGCAGCAGGAGAAGCAGCAGACCAUUCAUCAAGUAGAGGCUCUUCUAGAGCUAGCAGUCUCAUUGAAGUGGUGAUUACUUUGCUCUAACCCUGGCAGCUGUUUUUAUAUGUCAUCAAGGGGCUGGUCUUUGUCAUAUGCUUUUAUCUUGUGAACAUUGACAACAAAGAUAGAUCUGAUUCAUGCAUUUCUCAGUUAUGAAUACAAGCAAUUCAAGCAGCAGUAGCAAAUGCUAAAAAUCGUGGUUGCCACAUCCUAAAGUGUAAAUAACUAAAUACCACACAGCUGGUUCUUUAUUAAUGGUUGUUGGCAUAGAUCAUUCAUGU